AUGAGUCUCCUUUCAACAUCCAUCCCCCAGGGAAGACCUCGCUCUAAGAGUCUUCCCCCCGCUGCGCAAAGCCUCUACGAAGAGAUCGUUUAUAAGCUGUCCUACAUCUCUACCUAUACUGAGUUGAUAUUCGAGCACGUGAAACCUGAUGACGGAAAUCUCAUUUGUCGAUCCUUAGAUGGCCACGCCGAGACCGAACGACGCUGCGCAAGGAUCAAUUAUAACUCGGUGACCAGAAUUCUACGCUUGAAACUCAUGCCCAUUAGUCUGCACGACAGCCACCAGCGGUGGAUAAACACCUGCAUUGUCGAAUGGCGAUACAACGGCCUCAUAACUCGACAAGAAUCGCAACUGUUGUGGAGCGGCGUUGGGACCACCUUUGACCAAUUCUCGGGCAUCUACAGGGGCUCAUCAAAACAGCCAGACCAUUACCUUCGAGUGGACACGGAUCCAUCGCCGCGGAUAAUAGUCGAGUCAGGAUGGUCGGAGUCCUUUCCACACCUUCGCCACGACAAAGAUUUGUGGAUACUCGGAGAUCCGUCCGUUGUGCUUGUGAUCCUGUUACGGUGGACAGCAAUAACGAACGGGCGAAUCAAGGGCUGUGCCGAAGUAUGGCGCCGGGACGCAGUUGGGAGUCUUGUUUCAAGUACCAUGAGUAUCUUCCCAGCGCCCUCGCCAUUACCCCCGACCGAAACGAUUCAGUUGACCAAGGGGGAGCUGUUCGGCGCUGCCAUGGUACCCGGAGCAAACCCGAACACUAUCCUUGAAUUAGAUGUUGCCGAGCUAAGGGGAUUUGCCGAAGAAGUGGUUACGAAAAUGAAUAUGCAACCAGCAUAG